UUUUUUACUUUUAUGUCUAUAAUUUGAACAAAAUUGUAUAAUUUUGUAAAUACACCUCCGAAAUGGAUCCAGGUUACAACGAAAAUGUGGUGGACUACCUUUCGCUGGGCAACAUGCCAGGCUUGGAGUGGAAAUUGCUGCGGUACAAGUGUCGCGAAUUGCGUUUAGAAGGCAUUUACCAUCGUCACCGCCUUCUGAUUUCCGUGGCCCUUGCUACACAGGUUAUAAUUAUCGUUGAGAUUUUGAUGCUCAUCCAUGUGAUUCUGCUGUUCAGCGUGGUCAAGGAUAUAGACUUAAUCACUGUGCUUCCCUAUUUCGCGGUGAUGCUGCUCACUCCACCAAUAUUGAUGAUCAGCAGAGAGCCAAAUGCUGAGAACUAUGAUUGUAUUGCCAUUUUGGCUAGCUGUCUGAUGGCUUUACUCCUCACCUUAAUGGAUUUAAUAUUACCCAUUUGCUAUUUUACCUCAUAUUCGCUGGUUCCAAGCUACGAUCAUGUGGUGAUUAUCAUGGUUUACCUGUUGUUUCCCAUUUCUUAUUUGGAGAACGGAAGAGUUUACCUCUUGGGUUUGGCCGUUUCGCUGGUGAACUUUUCCUAUAUGAUUUGGAUGGAGUACAAGACUAGCGACGAUAAAGUUUGGGAGCUGACCAUCUAUGCCAUGUACAUCCUAUUUCUGAACCUGAUUUGCCUGUUCUUCAAGGGAUUUCGGGAGUACUACAUAAGACGCGGGGUGCUGAGUCGUUAUCAGUUGGUGUACCAGAAUAUGGUAUUUCAGAUGGCUAUGAAAAAGGAAAAGGCCCUACUGGACUCCAUUAUGCCUCUAGCUUUAGCGCAGUCCUUGCAAGAUGCUAUUGCUAGUCACAUCGAGGAAGAUCCAAAUGGUCUAAUCCCAUUUUCGAAGACAAGGCGUCUCUUCGUAGAACCUCACUCAGAAGUCUCCAUCCUAGAAGCGGAUAUGGUCAACUUCACCCAUCUGACGACCACAAUGGAGGUACCCGAAUUGGUUUCCAUCCUGCACGAACUCUUUGUCAAUUUCGAUAUGGCUGCCAAUCGAAAUCGUGCAACCCGCAUCAAGUUCCUUGGGGAUUCCUACACCUGUGUAACCGGGAUUCCCAGCUACUUUCCCAGCCAUGCCAAUGCCUGUGUGAACCAAGCUCUGGACAUGAUUGAUGUCAGCCGUGAGGUGAGUAAGCGUCGCAAUCGGAAGAUUGAACUUAGGAUCGGCGUGCACUCGGGGGAAAUACUCGCUGGAAUCAUUGGUCACACCAAGUGGCAGUUUGACAUUUGGUCAAAAGACGUCAACAUAGCCAUUCAUCUCGAAAUGUCGGGACUUCCGAACCUGGUGCACAUUUCCAGCAGGACAUUGUCCUUACUGGACAAUCACUAUGUUUGUGAGGAGGGUACCGAAACGGCCAAGGAAGAUCCGCUCCUGCAACGAGAUAAUAUUAGUACCUAUCUGAUCAGAAGUCGCCUACCCGAUUUUGAAGAACCCGAUGAUUUCGAGGACGACAAUAUCUCAUUGGACAACUACCGCCUGAGUUUUAGGGAUGAGGAUUACGAAGACAUUCAGGUGAAGGCGCAGCGGGAGAUGAUCCUCGAGGUGGAGCACAUGCCGGUGAAUCGAGUACAGUCCUGCCAGUUUAGACCUAAAGAUGGCAAAAGUAAGGAGAGCAUCAGCGAGGAGUAUAGAUUCAAUCUGGAGUCAUACUAUCUCUUCACCACAUUUCGCAACUGGAGAACGGAGUGGUCCUUCAACAAUCGACCGGAUCUUCUGAUGAAGUACAGCCUGGUAAUGGCGGUCCUUGCAGGAAUUACGAUCAUGUCCAUGGAUCUCUUAGAACACAUUGAUGACUUUGACUACACCAUACAGUUCUGUCUGUUUCUCGUAAUGCUUUUGGCCCUUGUGGUGGCAGCCUACAAGAAACUGUGGCUAAGGGGUAGACGACUCACACCCUUGACGCAACCCUCAUUCUUCCUGAGUCGCUGGCUAGUCAGGCUAUCCGAUCUCAUAGAGCAAUCGAUAUUUGUCCGGGUUCCCCUAGCCAUCGCGGUGCUGUUUAUACUGUAUGGUAUGUCCUCGGAGGCGGUGUUUUCCUGUGAUGUAGCCAGGCUGGAAUUGGAGAUCAUAGACUCCGAGCUAUACAAAUUUACGCCCAAAAUGCUUUGCUUUCUGCCAUGGGCAGUAACCUAUGCCGUGAUCAUUGUGCUCAGUCUGCUGUUGGUCACCCUGGGCAUUCCACUGGUCAUCAAGUUGGUUGCGGGUCUCGUUAUCCUGGCCAGCCAUGUGAUCACAGUCCAUGCUCACUACGGUUUCGCCUUUGAGAGGUCGGAGACCACAAAUGUGGGCCUGGGAUCGAGCUUGGCCCACACCUGGUACCUGGUGGCAUUCUACAUCGUGGUGGUGGUGCGCGAAGGUUACCUCAAUUAUAUUCAGAAGGCGUCCUACUUCAUGGGCAUGUGUUUCGAAAAGAAGCACGAGCUGACCAAGGUCAAAACUCGCUCCAUUAAGAUCAUCAUGGCCAACAUUCUGCCUUCCCAUGUGGCGGAGGUUUUCAAGACUCGUCGGCGUAGCGAUCAACUGUAUUACGAGAACUUCUCCCAUGUGGCCGUAAUGUUUGCCUCUAUAGUGAACUACCAAGCGGAUAGGUAUGGGUUACGGGCUCUUCACGAAACCAUCUGCUACUUUGAUGACCUUCUGAUGAACUACCAGACCAGGUACAAGAUCGAAAAGAUCAAGGUGAUGGGUUGGACUUAUUUAGUAGCUUGCGGUUUGGAUGUGGAUCACUACACUGACUUGUCGAUCAGCGUUCCAUUUUCAAGUAAUCGAGAAACGGAAAAUACGCUAAAAUCUGCUUCUGUGCGUUUUGCCCCUAUUGAUGAGGAGGACGAUGAUGAGAUAAGCACCCCUUGGCAAUGUUCCCUGCCAUCUCUGAACCAGAUCGAUAAUACAGUUCUGGUCAUGACUGAAUUCGCUUUGAAUUUGCUAAGGGUUAUGCAGGAGAUUCGAUCGAAGGGUGUGCUUUUUGAGCAGGAUACUAUAUUGACUGGUAGUCUUAAGAUAGGCAUUGCCCAUGGACCCGUCAUGGCCGGCGUUGUGGGACUUUCGAAGCCGCACUACGAUAUCUGGGGUCACACCGUCAACAUGGCUUCUCGGAUGAGCUCCACGGGGGUUUUGGAUGGCAUCCACGUGACCCAGAGCACCUCGAACAUCCUGCAGGAUCUGAAUAUCCGAUGCAAUUAUCGAGGACACACGUUUGUGAAGGGCGUGGGCGAAGUGCCCACUUACCUGGUUGAUCUGGACCAGAAUUUACAGUUCCAGAACCACCGCCACAGUGAUGAUUUGAAAAGCAAAAGUAGCCUAAUCUCUUUGGAGUGGAGGGAUGAAAAAGAGGCUAAAAAGGAUAAUUAUUAA